AUGUUUUCAUUUUUAAAUAUUAAAAAUAAUAAUAGUAAUAAUAAUAAUAAUAAUAAUAAUAAUAAUCAACAACCGCAGCAACAGACACAGCAACCAAUACAACAACAACAAACACAACAACCGAUUAACUCAAAACCACAACCACAAGUAAACCUUUUUCAGUCAUUAAAUUUAAAAGCAAAUACACCAACAGUAUCAUCACCAAACAAUACAUCGUCACCAUCAUCACCUAAUGUUACUACUGAUAGUCCAAGAUCUUCAAAUGACGAAUUGGUUGGUGAAAACGACAACAGUGUUUAUGAAAAAAGAGUUAUUAAAAAAAUUACAAAAAAAACAUUUAAACCAGGUCAAAAUAAAUCAAAUGAUAUUAAUGAGGAUUUAAAUGAAAUUAAUUAUAGCAACAAUAAUAGUUAUAGUUAUGAUGAAAAUAAUAACCAGCUCGAUAUUAGGGAUGAUAUUAAACAACAGGUGCAACAAGAACAACAAGAACAAACAGAGGAAGCAAUUGAGGGGGUAGAAGAAACUCAUGAAGAAAAGAAUGACAAAGAAGAAAAAGCAAUCGAUGAAGAAAUUGAAAAAAAUAACAAAGAAGAAAAUAACUCAAUAGGUUUUAUAAUAGACGAAUUAAAGAAUUGCCAAUAUAGAUUCUAUGAAAAAUUAACAAAUAUUGAAACAAAUUUUAAAAAAUCAUUAGAAAAUAAAAAGAAAUCAAAUGAACAAUUAUUAAAUAAUUUAAAUUUAUUAAGAAAAUUAGAAAUUGAAGAAAAUCAAUCAGUCGAAAAUGAAGAUUAUGAAUUGGCAUCAAAGUUAUCAGAGGAUAUUAAAAAUAUAAAUAAAGAAAAUGAAAUUGUAAAAUAUCAAAUGUUUGAAAUAUUAAAGUUAGAUUAUCAGCAGGACAGUUUAUUAUCAGAAGAGUUAUUGAUAGAGUAUCAACAAGCAACCGACGAAAAUCAAAUCAAACUUUUAGAAAUUAAAUCAAAAGAAGAUGAAAAUAUAACAUUAUAUCAAGAGCAGGUCAAAGAGAAUAUUAAAGCAAUUAAUGAUGAUAUUCAAGUUAAAUCAGAUGAAAUCAAAAGAGAAUCAAAGUAUUUAGAACUGGAUAGAGAAAUUUUAGAAAACAAUGAAAAGUCACUCAGAGAUACAAUCGAUGAAUUAAAUAAACCAUUGUUGGAAGAAAAGGAAGAAAAAUUAAAAGAAAAAGAGAAAUUACAAGAAGAAAUCGAUCAGUUGUUAUUAUUAAUUCAAGAGAAAAGAAACCAGCAGUCUAUAAUUGAUCAAUCUAUAGAUCAGGUUAACGAAAAAAUCGAAGAGUCAAAGAGCAAAUUCUCAAAAGAAGAAAAUAGAUUAAAUCUAGAAAGAGCAAAUAUCAAGAAAAGAGAUGACCAUAUUGAAAAGCUUAAUCUUGAUUUGUCAGAGUUAAAGAAUCAAAUAGAAGAAUUAAAUAAUCCAACUGACCAUCCAUCGUUCCAAUUAAUCCAUCUAGUAAAUGACUCGAUUGCCGACAGUAAAAAAUUCCUCAACGAAACAACAGCAACCCUCGAAUCAAUUGAACAACAACAAAAAUCAACAUUUAAAUUAUAUGAAGAGAUUUUACUUUCAAAUGACUCUAUGAACCGUAAUAAACAAGCUUUAGAUACCAUAUCUCAAUCUAUAGAUGAAUUAAAUGUUAAUCUAAGUAAUUUAUCAACUCAAAAACUCAAAUUAAAAAAGCAAAUGAUCGAAAUUGAAGAUACCAUACCAAUUUUAGAAUCAUCAAAAAAUUUAGCCAAGGAGGCUAAACGUUUCAAUGAAGCAGGUUCACUAUUGAAUGAAUUAAAACAACAACAACAGCUAUUAAUCGAAACUAAAAAACAAUUGCAGGAAAUUAAUGAACAGUUUGAUUUAGAUCAAAAGAAAUUAGAUAGUCAUCAAAAAGAUUAUAAAGAGUUUAAGGAUUUAGUCGACGAACAAGAGUUAAAAAAUUACAGAAAUCUAUUAAAUAAUUUAAUCGAUAGGCAGUCAUUUUUAUCAAAUAUUUUUAGUAGCGGGGAUAACGAUAAUGAAUUUUAUAAACUCGAAUUUGAUUCAAAUCAAAUAGAAAUCGAUUUUAUAAAAUUAAAAUUUAAUUUAUAA